AUGACAGCUCGAGUUAACAACGGAGUAUCAUUCAGAAAACGAUUUAUUGUUGUAUUAAUGAUCAUACUGACUUCAUACAUAAUUUUAAAUAUUAUUUCAUUUCCUGAUAUUACGAAAGAAAUCGUUUUACAGAAUGAAAUAGCUGAACUACAAGUUAAAUUAGAAACUCUACAAAAUAAACACGUAUCAACACAAGAGGAAAUCAAUUCAUUGACUCAUCACUUACUUUCACUCAGUAAGAAUGCCCAGACUUUGCCAAAUUUUCGAUUUCUCUUCAAUAAUGAGACUUUAAAUACGACAGCGGUAAAACUACCAUCAGUUCAUAAUUUUUUACCUCAUUUUCUGAAUGAUCCAAAUAGUCUAAAGCCAGCUUUUCUCCAAAGCAAAGGAAGAUCAGGAAUAAAUAUGAUUCUUGGAAUUCCCACUGUAAAAAGAGAUGUUCAAAAUUACUUGUUAGCGACGUUAAAAAAUUUAGUCGAAUGUAUGGAUUCUAAUGAAGCAUCAGACACAUUGAUAAUUGUACUCAUAGCUGAAACAGACAUUGAUUACGUGUCUUAUGUGGCUCAACAAAUCGGGAGUCAAUUCCCAGAAGAAUUGAAUAGUGGACUUAUUGAAAUAAUAUCACCAUCUCCUUCAUAUUAUCCUGACUUUUCUGAAGUAAAAGAUACUCUUGGUGAUACACAUCAACGAGUGGUUUGGAGAUCGAAACAAAAUCUAGAUUUUGCUUUUUUAAUGUCAUACGCCUACACAAAAGGAACUUUUUACAUCCAGUUAGAAGAUGAUAUACUAGCGAAAAAAAACUUUAUUUCAAUAAUGAAAUCAUAUGCAUUGAAAAAAAUUAAUCUCAAAGAAAAUUGGUUUAUUCUUGAUUUUUGUCAAUUAGGGUUUAUCGGUAAACUUUUCAAAUGUGUGGACUUACCCUGGCUGAUUCAAUUUUUUCUCAUGUUUUACAGUGACAAGCCUGUAGAUUGGUUAUUAGACCAUUUGAUAUCUACAAAAAUCUGUAGUUUAGAUAGAGACAGCAAAAAUUGUAAAAUAGCCAAAGCAGAAUUAUGGUUACAUUAUAAGCCUUCCUUGUUUCAACACAUAGGCAUCCACUCUUCUCUAAAAGGGAAAAUGCAAAAACUGAAGGAUAAACAGUUUGGUAAAAUUACACUUUUUUAUACACAUAAUAAUCCUAGGGCAAUCGUUGAAUCGGAGAUCAAAGUCUACAAGCAAUACACGUUAGAUAAAGCAUACCGAGGUGAAUCAUUUUUUUGGGGUCUCUUGCCUCAAAUAGGAGAUCACAUAAAAUUUAAAUUUUCACGUCCUAUAUUCAUAAAAAAGUAAGUGGUAAUACUGUACUUUUAAAACCAUAUACAAUACGGGUACGGUCUUAAAAAUAAAAAAAAUGGUAAAACAUUUGACCCUACAGGCCA